GUGUGUGCCUGUGUGUCACUGAUGACUCUGUGGUCAGACUUAACCACAAUUGUCCGUCUCUCACCCCCUGCCGUCCGCACUACCGCGGACAAUCUUGGACCACGGCUCGGACUGUUUGAACAUCGUUAAGACAAAGAGACUGCCUGUUGGAUGUGUCUGUGCACGGUGAUAGAGCAGGAACUGGCGCAGAGAUCCAGCGGCACAGCGAGAGGCAGAGGCAGCUUGGAUUAUACACCUGUCUGAAGAAGGGUCUCCACCCGUUCCUUCUCUCCACAGAUGCUGCCUGACCCGCUGAGUUGCUCCAGCAUUUAGUGUCUACCUUGAGGAUUGUACACAGGCGGGUGGACAUCUCCAACAAGCUCGGCUGCCCAGCCCAUCAGAUCUCCACUCAAUGUGGCCUCUGGAUCUCACCUCAUCUCUGGCAGGCUGGACACACGUGACAGGGUGGCUGUGCUUUCAUGCGAUGGUGGACUGGCAGUAGAAUGGAUGACCUGGCCUUACUGGACCUGCUGGAAUGCCCAGUGUGUUUUGAGCGCCUGGACGGCACUGCCAAGGUGUUGCCGUGCCAACACACCUUCUGCAAGCCGUGCCUGCAACAGAUCUCCCACUCACAUAAGGAGGUGCGUUGCCCAGAGUGCCGGAGCCCUGUAACUGGCAGCAUCGAUGACUUGCCCGUCAACCUGCUGCUGGUGCGUCUGCUCGAUGGCAUCAGGUACGGGCAGACUAACGCCAGGGUCACCCACCAGCCUCCCGCCGACCAACACUCGGAGCCGGUGAAGUCACGCAGCAGUCUGGUGAAGACCCUCUCUCCUGCCCACAGCCCCCUGGAGCAGGUGCCUUGUGCAAGAGCCCUGUACACAUACAGUGGGCAGAAACCAGGAGAUCUCAGCUUCAGCAAGGGCGACCUCAUCGUGCUCCGUCAGCAGGUGGAUGAGAACUGGUUCUACGGAGAGAUUAGCGGAGCGUGCGGGAUCUUCCCUCUCGGCUUUGUCCACGUCAUCCAUCACCUCCCGCAGCCUCCCCCGCUAUGCAAAGCCCUCUAUGACUUCACUCUCCAAGAGACAGAGCAGCCGGCCAUCAAGAACGUCCUUCCCUUCGUCAAGAACAAUAUCUUAAAAGUAAUCCGGAGAGUUGAUGAGAAUUGGGCAGAGGGCAAACUCGGAGAACGAGUAGGAAUAUUCCCAAUUUCAUUUGUUGAGAUGAAUUCCACAGCAAAACAGUUACUAUCAGUGAAGAAAGUCGACGUGAAAAGUGUUCAAAGCCACAGCAGUCCCACGGUGGGGAAUCCCCGCUUGUCGCUGACACACGCAGAGACGGGGAAUCCCCGCUUGUCACUGACAGAGACGGGGAAUCCCCGCUUGUCACUGACACACACAGAGACGGGGAAUCCCCGCUUGUCACUGACAGAGACGGGGAAUCCCCGCUUGUCGCUGACACACACAGAGAUGGGGAAUCCCCGCUUGUCACUGACAGAGAUGGGGAAUCCCCGCUUGUCACUGACACACACAGAGACGGGGAAUCCCCGCUUGUCACUGACACACGUACAGACGGGGAAUCCCCACGUGUCACUGACACACGUACAGACGGGGAAUCCCCACGUGUCACUGACACACACAGAGACAGCGGGGAAUCCCCGCGUGGAGCUGACACACGCAGAGACGGGGAAUCCCCACGUGUCACUGACACACGUACAGACGGGGAAUCCCCACGUGUCACUGACACACGCAGAGACGGGGAAUCCCCACGUGUCACUGACGCAAACAGAGACCGGGAAUCCCCACGUGUCACUGAUACAAGCAGAGACAGGGAAUCCCCACGUGUCACUGACACACGCAGAGACAGGGAAUCCCCACAUGACACUGACACACAUACAGACGGGGAACCCCCGCGUGUCACUGACACACGUACAGACGGGGAACCCCUGCGUGUCAUUGACACACGUACAGACGGGGAAUCCCCGCUUGUCACUGACACACACAAAGACGGGGAAGACGGGUUCCAAAGAGAGCCGUUGCCACGCCAACGCUGUAAACACGCUGACCAGGAUGUGCCAGCCGCCUCCUUCCCGCCGGUCUCUACACAUCAGUCUGCCCGUGCUCAUCAGCUCCAGCAACCCAGCCGUGCUGGCACAGAUCACCGAGAGAAGGGCAGCGCCAACUCAGAUGCUGCAUGGCAUGUUAGAAGCUGGUGUGUCUGCUCCAGGCACCAGGACCAGCAGCUCACAGUAUCACCCGGAGAUGGGUCACCCCAGGACACAGGUAGCCAGGCCAGCAGCCAGUGUCACCGAGAUGACCGGUCCCCACAGCGCCCCCGUCCCAGCAGGUGGCCAGGAGGAGGCGAUGACCUCCUCCCGCGUGGGUCCCUGCGGCCAGCAGGAUGCGGUCACCUCGUCCCCCCGGCACGUGGACGGCAGCACGGGGUACAGACCCAAUGUCCAUCGGCCGACUCUGGCCGUCCCACCGGUGCGGAGCCAGAGCAGCAACGGCAGAUGUGUUCCAGCUGUGGUCAUCCAAGCCCAGCCCUUCUCAUCCCACCAGCUCCCACUGAGAGCGGUCAGUAACACCGUCCACUCCAGCCCACUGGCCUCAACCUGCAGACCAAGUCUCCCCACCACCGCCCCCCCACCACCCCCCCCUCGGGCAGUGAGACAGGUCCAGCAACCCUUCACAGCUCCACCAGGGGGCAUCAUCGCAUCGACCUCUACACCAACACACGCUAACAACCAGGACAGAAGCUGCCUGAACAAGGCUGUGUGCGGCCCCUCUCUGCCUCCGUCUUGGUUCACGACCCCCAGGCUCCAGACCACCACAUCGUCACCGAAACCAGAGCAGGCGAGGGAGGAUGUCCCCGCCGUCUCCCACAACAGAGCUGCUUCCUGUCCCAUCACAAGCCAGGAGAAGGUGGGGGUGGUUGCCCAGAAGACCAGCUCCUGGCACUCUUGUUAUCAAUGCACCUCCCCCUCACCCCCGCACAGCUCCACUGUGGAACAGCAACCUGCCCCAGCACCCAGUCCAUCAACAUGCUUCAACAGGUGCCAAGCGGUACUGUGGCUGCCGGUGCGGGGCGAGGUGGAGCCGGUGUUAGCGCCGGGAGACGUCAUGCUGGUGCACGGGAGGAGGCCGGACGGGUGUUACCAGGACAACCACACGGAGAGCGGCAACAGCGGUCUCUUCACCGGUAACGGCGUGGCGGGUUUACGGUGAGGCGGUGAGGAGUGGAGACACCCACUGGGCUGUUGGGCACGAGCCUGUGUGUGGGGAAGCUGCUCGUGUGUGAAUCUUCACCCACACACCUACACUGUUCAACCCCAUGUAGCGGCUCCGUGUAGAACGUGAUUCACCGCUCCUGGCGCAACCGGCAACCGGCAAACCGGCAAACCCCAUGCAUCAAUGAUAGGAAAGAACUGCAGGUGCUGGUUUAAAAUUGACCCGAAUGGAAAGGGUCUCGACUCAAAAUGUCCCAUUCCUUCUCUCCACAGAUGCUGCCUGACCCGCUGAGUUACUCCAGCACUCUGUGAAACGUCACCUAUCCAUGUUCUCCACAGAUGCUGCCUGACCCGCUGAGUUACUCCAGCACUCUGUGAAAUGCCACCUAUCCAUGUUCUCCACAGAUGCUGCCUGACCCGCUGAGUUAUGGUGCAGCAGCAUCAAUGGAGCGAAGGAAAUAGGCAACGUUUCGGGCCGAAACCCUUCUGGAAAUAGGCAACGUUUCGGGCCGAAACCCUUCUGGAAA